AUGGAGCAAGCGUCGCACUACCUCUGCCUCUUCCUGGCUCUGCUCCUCCCACUCCUGCUCCUCAGGCUACUCAGGGGGCGCCGCCACGGCGACGGCAGCGGCGUCCGGCUGCCGCCGGGCCCAUGGCGGCUGCCGGUGAUCGGCAGCCUACACCACCUCGUGGGCAAGCCGUUAGUGCACCGCGCGUUCGCCGACCUCGCCCGGCGCCUCGACGCGCCGCUCAUGUACCUCAGGCUCGGCGAGGUCCCCGUCUUGGUGGCCACGUCCCGGGACGCCGCGCGCGAGGUCCUGCGGACGAACGACGUCACGUUCGCCACGCGGCCGUGGAGCCCCACGAUCAGGAUCAUGAUGGAGGAUGGGCUGGGCCUGGUGUUCGCGCCCUACGGCGACCUGUGGCGCCAGCUCCGGAAGAUCUGCAUCCUGGAGCUGCUCAGCGCCCGCCGCGUCCAGUCUUUCCGCCAUGUCCGGGAGGACGAGGUGGCGCGCCUCGUCGCCGCGGUCGCCUCCACCCCGCCCGGCGAGCCCGUCAACGUCAGUCGCCGCAUCGCCGUGCUCAUCGCUGAUUCGGCGGUGCGUGCCAUGAUCGGGGACAGGUUCAGCAGGCGGGACGAGUUUUUGGUGUCGCUCGAGGAGGGGCUCAAGCUCGUCUCCGGGUUUAACCUAGGUGACCUAUUCCCGUCAUCGCCGUUUGUGAACUUCCUCAGUGGAACGGCACGGCGAGCCCACGCGAAUCACCGGAAGAACUUUGAGCUCAUGGACUGCGCCAUCAAGCAACACGAGGAAAGGAGAGCCCUAGCGGCGGCGAACGGCGCCGCUGUCCACGAGGAAGAAGAGGACCUAGUGGACGUGCUCUUGAGGAUACAAAAGGAAGGCGGCCUCGACAUGCCUCUCACAAUGGGAAUGAUCAAAGCCGUUAUCCUUGACUUGUUCAGCGCUGGAAGUGAGACAUCAGCAACAACACUGCAGUGGGCCAUGGCGGAGCUUAUGAGGAACCCGGAUGUGAUGAAGAAAGCGCAAGCCGAGCUACGUGACAACCUCAAUGGUAAGCCGAAAGUGACCGAAGAUGACUUGGUACAGAUGAAAUACUUGAAGCUCAUCAUCAAGGAAACAUUGAGGUUGCAUCCAGCGGCGCCAUUGCUCCUCCCAAGGGAGGCUAGGGAGUCAUGCAAGAUUCUUGGGUAUGAUGUGCCAAAGGGCACCACUGUGUUGGUGAACGCGUGGGCAAUUGGCAGGGAUCCUAAGUAUUGGGAUGAUGCUGAAGAGUUUAAACCAGAGCGAUUUGAGUGUGGCACAAUCGACUUCAAGGGCAUGGACUUUGAGUACAUACCAUUUGGUGCUGGUAGAAGAAUAUGCCCUGGGAUGGUGUUUGCGCAGUCAAAUAUAGAACUCGCACUGGCAGCCCUGCUUUACCACUUUGAUUGGAAGCUCGAAGAGGGGAUGAAGCCAAGUGAAUUGGAUAUGAUUGAGGAUAUAGGCAUCACUGUUCGAAAGAAGAACGACUUGAUUUUGCAUCCCAUCGUUCGUGUGCCCCACAAAUAA